UAGUUAUUACAUUUACGCUGCGGGUUCUUUACAAUAUUUGAAACAAAAUUCCGAUUUACGUCACACGAUUGUUUGUUGCGCUAUCCUCUUUGCGUUAACUCCAGAGUCAUUAACCAAAAUGUUUUAUAAAAGAAAACUUAGUGGCGAUUGGUGUGAAGACAUGUUCACCGGUUAAUUUGUGUAAUUUGACAACUGAAAUGAAAUUUAAAAACAUGAGUAUGUGUAUUAUACGUGCGAAUGUAUGUUAUCGUGCUAAGUGCCGAAAAUAUUUUUGUGCGAAUACGAAUAAAAUGCAAACCAACUAAAAAGUAAAAAAUAGGUAUUAAUUAACCAAUUCAUGCAUUACGUUUAAUGCAGGCUGUGUGGAAAGUUGAAUUGGAUUAAUGAGUAAUCUGGUCCUAGUUGUGAUAAAAAUUAAAUAAAAGUGCGUAAAAUAAUAUUAACAAAAUAUUAUGUAUAAUCUGGAAUUAUUAUCCAAAAUAUAAACAGUAAAGUUUUUGAGGGAAUUAUGAAAUCUAAGUUCUGAAUCUCUUUGAGUGGUUAUAAGCAACAUCUAUUUAACUUAACAAUAAGUCUUUUAAAUACGACAUACACCCAUGUGUUAUACAUAAGUAUGUACCAUGUGAAGACGGAUGAGUUAUUUAUGAUUGCUAUUAAGGAAUCUAAUCUAUGUGAAUUCAAUAAUAAAAUCAAUAUAAUACAAGCCUUUUAGACAUCAUACUUUGAAUUGAAUACGUUUUCGUCUUAACUAAACCUAAUAUGAUUUAAGAACAGAAGUCUUGUUUCUUGAACAAAUGUUUAGAAUAUUUUUGUUAUCUCAAUCUAAUCAUAAAAAAAUACUACGAAAUCAAAUUUAAUAUUACAUGAAGUGAAGUGAGUUAUACAUAUGCGCAUGGUUGUAUUAGGAAGGUUUUCCAAAUGUGUUUAACUUUUUUUUUUAGUUUUGAAGUAUGAGUCAGAUAUUGGAAUGCUGAAAUAAUCUAAUUGAAUCUUCGAUUUAAAAAUGACGGAAAGAAUUAAUUAAUUUAGAAUGGAUAAAAUAAAAUAUCCUAUGAUUGGAUAUGAUCAUACUUAUGUAAUUAUGAUAUGUGAAGUGCGGGCAUACAUAUUUAUAUAUGUACAUAUAUGUACUUUGUUCUUCGAUUCCGUUAAGUACGCAUACGAGCGUCAUUGAAGAUGAAACCGUAAAACAUUUAUUAAUAACUGAUUUUAAAAUAUAAGCGUCAGUACAAUUUCUUAUUUUUUUUUUAAUUUUAUGUGUAAUUUGUGCAUUUUCGUAAAAUUCGUUAUAGUGUGGAUUUCUCAAUAAAUAAGAUAGUUAUGGAAAGAGUGCUUUACUUUUCGUUAAUUUAUUCGGUUUUAAAAUCCUCGUUUAGUGAUUAUGGUGAUUUAUGGUGGAAAUAAAUAAGAAAAAUAGAUCUACAUAUAUGGUAUUAAAUGAACCAAAGAGUUGGAUAUACGUGGGAAAAGUCAACCAGGCAAUCGAGAUCAUUAUACGAGUUUGGAAUAUGAGGUUUAUACGAAGAUCUAGACCAAUUGCUUCCAUAUUCAGCGCUAAAUCACAUUAUAUUUAAACAAAUUUUUCCACUUUAUUCCAUACAUUUUGUUCAACAAAAACGGUAUAAACCAGGUGAAAAAUAUGAAUUCACUAUAUCGGUAAUAGUGGGGGUAGGGGAAGGUAUGAAUGGAUUGCAUUAUUCAAGAACAUAUUUGCGCACAAAUUCAUGAAGAAGAUGAAAUGUACAUAUUCCGACCGACAUAAUAGUUUACGACGAAAUAAAGUUUACUAAAAUACCGAAAUGUGAAUUAUAUGGAAGAAGGGGUAUUUUGCGACCAACUCCACUCAUUUUCGGCAUUAAACUAUGGUAUAUCCAAUAUUUUAAUCUCACUUAAUUGUCUUAUACUUAUAUUGACCGAUUUGACGAGAGAUGACACACUUUAAUGACACUAUUUUUGCAAUGUUUUGUUUCGAUAACGAGAUUAGCACUUGAGUUAUAUUAUGUAAAGUGAAAAAUUCAGAUGAAAUUUAAAAUUUUAUUAUAUGGAAAGUAGGUAUGGUUUUAGUCAGGUUCCGCCCAUUGUCACACCUUUUUGGUUGAUAUAGCUGUAGUGGUUUGAGAGUUAAGUUUGUAUAGUAAUAGUAUAGUUUUUUAAAAUUUUUCAAACUACAAAUGUUCUUCCUACUACAAUUCGCUGUUCUAAACGUGGAAAUGAUCCGAUCCACGCAUCUACGACACCAACCUUCUAAUAAUACUAGGGAAUACGUAUAACGAGUUUUAUAAAGAUAUCUUUAUUUUAGUCCCUUUCAUAGGUGGACCGACAUUCAUACGGAAAUUCAACUUGUCAUUUAUAUACAUAUUUAUGUAACUAUUUAGCUGUAUAUCGAUAAGAUAUGUGUUACAAAAAAUCGUUAGGUAUACAAAACUAUGUUACUCUGGAGAAACAUGUUGCUGGAGAAUAAGAAACCGAAAACGCUUGGUGAUCAAUGUGAAGUUAACUCGAAAUUAUGAAAUUAAAUGAUAUCCGACUGAUAGUUAAGGAAUCGUACAUAUAUAUGUAGGUGUGUGUGUAAAAACUAUAUAAAUAGUGACAGAAUAAAUAGAGAGAAAAUCAAAGCAAUAUUUUAGUGCUGUUUCCGUUAAUUUCUUGUGUCGAGAAACCCUCCUAGAAUAAACGAAGCUGCCAAGGUCAUAGUGUGCAACAAAAUGGUGUUGUUGAGUAAUCCAAUUUUGUUACCAAUUUCCCACUUAAAAUGGAUGGUUAUUUACCCUAUGGUACUACUACUGUUACAGCCUAUUCGUGACGUUGUUGGUGGAGAAAAAUUAGCCCUCUUAUCAGCAACCCUGCGCACUUAUCAAAAAGCUGCUUGUGACAGUGAUCAGGUCAUUAUCGCUUGUCCACGCGGCACAAGCAUCUCAAUCGAGUUCGCACAGUACAACAAUUUCGAAAACAAAGAUGGAUUCAGCAUCGAUGACUUAUGUCCGCUAAACAAUUCCGCGAAAAAGGUGCAAUCGAAGGCCAAACACCUUCUACGUGGUUCCACAUUCGGAACUCCCGGAUCAAAAAUUCCAACUAUCCAACAUCUUUAUGGCCAGACUACGGAACUUCCAAGCUCAAGCCUGCUACCAGAUACACUCAUGACAGAAAAAACGGAAGAUGCCGGUGUGCGUAAGGAAAAUGCCUCGAAUGUUUAUAUAAAAGACGAUGACUCCUCCGAAAAUUGUAUGUGGCCAAACGCACUUCAGUAUUCGCUGCUGCAGACAGUCGUUGAGGCUUGCCAAAAAAAGAAGCACUGCAAAUUUAACGGUGCCCCACAUUUCUAUAGACUGAGCACAGGCGUUGAUGUAAAUAACUAUAACAACACGGUUAACACCGUAAAUGUGGAUCCUUGUCACAAACGACGUAAAAUUGUGGAGGUGGCUUAUAAAUGUCGUCCAUAUGAAUUUCGUAGUAAAGUGGCCUGUCACAAUGAUAUGGCUCAAUUGGAGUGCAAUCCUUAUUCACGAAUCGCGGUCUAUAGCGCGAGUUUCGGACGUACCGAAUACGAAAGCAUUCAGUGUCCACAACCCCAAGGAGUACGAGAAGAAACCUGCCAAGCAUCUUAUGCCACCGAAACAGUUAUGCAGAUUUGUCAUGGGCGCCGCCGUUGUAACUUAGCUGCAGAUGCGAACACAUUCGGGUCACCGUGUCAACCGAUGUCGAAAAUGUAUCUGAAAGUCGUUUAUACUUGUGUUCCAAAGCAAGUUUUAAAAGACCGAUACGAAUCGGAAGUUGAAGGAGAUGAGACUGAAGAAUUCGAUGGAGAUAACGAGGUGUAUGACGAUGAAUUGAACUAUAAAGAAUCUGAAGCCAUUCCGAAGGUGUAUAGCAACAGUACUGUUACUGCUGCUAGGUCAAAUGGUACAAAUGCUUCAGCAACUCCCGCCACUUCGAACUUUAGUAAUGGCAAUAUAUCAUUUCAUCUUGAAAUUCCAGAUAGCGCCAGUAUCAAUCCGGUUAUGACACACAGUGCCGACUUAAGUCUGGAAGAUAACCAGGAGCGACUGUAUUUAUAUCUCCUAAUCGCCGGUUUAAUCGGUGUAAUUAUAUGCAUAAUUAUUGUGUCUGUUCAUGUUUGGAUGCAAAAAAGUCAAGCUCUCAGUUCGGAGACUCAGAUGGCAUCCAUAGAUGGUUCAGGUAACCCGUGUGCUGAUACUACCAUACCCAAUGGUUUCAAUGACACUAUAUCGGAGAUUGACGCCGAGAUCGAUAUGCCAACCACAAUUUCUGUACCGAGUGUUUCGAAAAAUGAGAAUUAUAUUUCCUAUGGAUCCAAUGGUGGUUUAUACAAUGGCCUUGGAUCAUCCAGUAGAUCGCAGAAUUCAUCGACUCUUGUAUUACAAGGUGGAGCAAGUAUUCCUCCCACGGGUAUCAUCGGCACAUCUGCUCCCUCAACAAUAAUCACGAAUCCUGGCGGGUGCGGAGUAAGACAAUCUCCCGAUAUCAUCGGUAUUACAUCAAAAGCUCACUUAGCGAUGCCUCCUAGCGGCGCCAUUGGCUACCAAACGGGUGUUGGUGGCAUAUUGGCACCAACAAUUGUAAUUGGUAGCAAUGGAAGUAGUAUCAGUAAUUCGGUUAAUUGUGGUCCAAUGACCUCAAUUGGACAGUACACAACUGCACCCACGAUACGUGCGAGCUACAUCAUCAAUGCUGAGGGAAUUUUAAAGCGACCUCCGAAUCUCCAAACGCCGCCAAUGACAAGUUCCACAACCAACAGUCAGUAUUCGACAACGUCCACACUACGUCGAAUCAAGACCACUGAUCCUUCCGCAAUGCAACAACAGUUAUCUUACGAUGGCACAGCUCCACGUACAUUAUCGACUGGUGUUCCAGUGAACUCCCAAUUCUAUUAUGGAUGACAAAAUUCAGAGGAAUGUGAAGGAAUGAAAGAAAUUUUAUUCGAUACCAUUCAACAUAAAGCCGAGGCAAUUGCCACACUUACUGCCCAUCUCUCAUACAACACAUCAAAAGAGCAACAACAUCAAACAAUUAAGAGUCACAAUAUAAAUGACAAUCCUAACUCAAACUACGAGGACACAACCGUGAUGAAGAGUCAGGAUACUGCCCCAUCAGACCCCACAGCUCAGAUAGCUGUCAAUAACACGGAGUCGGAGAGAUCUUUUUGCUUUUGAACGUAGUUCAUUUGACAGAAGACACUGAAGUGUAACAUGUAAAUUUAGAAAUAAUUUGUAUAUUAAUAUAUUGUAUAUAUUUGUAUCACCCAUAGACAUAAAUGUGAUGAAUACCGAAUUAAAUAAGUAAUUAGAAUUAUGAGAGUAUAUGUAUGUAUACAUACAAGGUCUGUCGCAAAGGAAACAGAACUUUCUAAAUAUAAAAAGUUUGAUCUCUUGUUAACAUUUCGUAAAAAUUUUAACUACAAUCGAUGUUAUCGAUCAAAAAGUGACAGCAGCUUUUGGUCAUCGGUCGUAAAAUGCAUUUUGAACAAAGAGCAAAUAUUAAAUUUUGUUUUAAACUUGAGAAAACGUUUACUGAAACAUUUCAAAUGAUGAAAAAAGUUUAUGGUGAUCAGUGCCUAUCCCGUAGUAAUGUGCAUGAGUGGUCCAAGAAGGUCGUGAGGACGAGAGCCAUCACCGAAAAAAAGUCGUCUUCAAAAGUCAAAAAUAAAGACAAUGCUGAUUUGUUUUACGAUUCCGAUACUUUGAAUAAAAAAAAAAUAACUUUUGAAAAAUAUUAAUUUUUUGUUGUUUUUUUUUAACAGUCCUGUUUCUUUUGCGACAGACCUUGUACAUCAAAAUGUAUAAUGUGUGCAUUCUUAUAAUUGUGUAGUCAUAGAUUUGUAAGAUUUGGAUUUCUAAAAAAUCAUCUAGCGAUAUUUCAGUUGUUAAGUACAAUUUUAAACCCAUUCAUUACUUCAAAGCCAUAGUUUCCAAGAGGUGAAAAAUGCCUGCACACAUAUAAUAUAUACGCCUAAGAAAAUUGUGAAAAAAUGGACAUAAUGAUUCAGAUUUCUUUAAACAAUUCUCAUCAGCAAUGUUGAUGAUUGAAUGAUGAUAAUGUAAAUUAGUAAUUGGCUGCACAAAAGUAAUAUUAACAAUGACUUUUCCAAACAAUUUUUUUAUUUGAAAAUUGAAAAGUUUUCAAGAAUAUACAUAUUUAAAUAUUCAUAUUUAUAUUUGGUUUGAAAAUAUUAGAAAGGCUAAAGCAUUGACCUAAGAUUAUUUUCUAUAUAUGAUCUCUUCAUUUACUUUUUUCAGCCAAAAUCUACUCAAUUGAUAAUGGAAGCAAUUGUUGAUAUGGCAAGCAAUUUACAUACUUGAUAUUUUUAAGUAGGCUAAUGGUUGUGAUAUACGUGGUCAAUACACGGAAAAUUAGUGAAUUAAAAUUGCUUACAGUUACACUUGAUAUAGUUUUCGAAUUAAAAUUUUUUAUUGUACCAAACAUAGACUAGCUUAAUUUCAAGAAUUGUUAGUUGCCUAAACUGGUAUAACUAAUUCUUCUAAGAUUUUUUAGUAGAAUCCGAAUAGGAAAAUUUACUUUAUUCACAUAAGUUAAAAAACUGCUAUCGGGCUCAAGUUUUCUGACUAUUCUCUUUUGAUAUUGAGAAAUAAUGGGCAUUCUUAAGUUUUCACAUCUACAGACAGAUGCUUCAAAGCGAUCAGAAACUUAUUUACAGAUUUGGACCCCAAAAUAUUUUAUACUUGUAUUAUUAGGUAACAUUUUUCUAAGGUUAUUGUUAAAAUUUUAACACAUAAUAUAAUCGUGUACAUUAAAUAAAAGUCGCACGCAUCGGGGAAGAGUAUAAUUGACAACAUUUGAACAUAUUAUAGAUCCAAAAAAAAUAAAUCCAUUAUUUUUGCACAAAAUUUAAGAUUUUAUUUAGCAUCGUUAGAAUGUUCCGAAAUUAGAGCAAUUAUGCAACGUUUUGUUCGAUAACUAGUUGCAAUUUCGAAGGUAAUUUCAUAAUGCCACUAUCGUGGAAACCUUUUUACGCGAAUUUUUCACACGGAACAUCAAUAAUUUGGUUCCAAUUUUUCUAUGGAAUCCUCACAUCAUUGAAUCUUUUUGUAUCCAGCCUUAAUUAAAUGUUUCAAACCGUAUAUUUGUGUAGUGUUUAGUUUCUAUGCUAUCAAAACAGUGCUUACCUGGCACUCUGAGUCGGCGUUUUUCAGUAUGUUAUCGAUACUUUGAACAAUUGAACUUCCAGAGUAAAAAUUUUCGAAUCGACGAAACCAGGAUUGCGAAUAAAUGGCUAUUACAGUAUUAGAACUAUAAACACUUCAAAUUUUCAGCUCUUUAAUUAACAAAAUAUCUUGUACUUAUUCUAAAUUCAUUAAUUUUCAAAAACGAGGCAAUGUCAACUAAUUUGUAUGGCAGUACUUCUUAAAAAAAAAAAGAAAGUUUAGAAUUCAUAACACGUACUUAAUAUGGUUUAACCUUUGACGCGUAUAGUAUAUUAGUCCAUAUACAUACCCGAUUCAAUAAUUUUAAUAUUUUUUACACAAAGUGCCUUUCUUAAUAAACACAUUAAAUAUAAUUGCAAAUUUCCUUAAAGAUGUAUAAAGAGUGCAUACAUGAAAAAAUAAAUCUAAAAUUUGUUAUAGGUAAUUAAUUAUAUGUGCAUAAGGAUGAGAGAUAUUCAAUAAUACCGUAUGUAAAUAUUUAGUAUUGUAUGUAUGUAUGUACAUUUGUGUUAUGCAGUAUAUAAAAUGUCUGUAAAUGCUAGUAAAUAAAUUAAGAAAUAUUAAGUGAUACUAAUAAUAAUGCUGGAGGAAUUAAUUGGAUCCUAAAAACCAUGACUAAAUUUCACAACAUUUCUCAAUUCUAGUUUUUUUUGUUUAAAACUUUAAAGCGUUUCCUCCACAGCUCGAAAGUCAAAAUGUCAUAAGUUCAAAACUACUGCACCGAUUCUUUUAACAUUUUUACCAUUAUUUCUGUAUAUAUUAAUAUAUUGAAUGAUCAUACUUUCAAAUUUUUUAAUGAUUUUUAUUAUAUUUUAAUUAUCCGACUAUUUCGAAAAAAGCGAAAAUCGAGGUUUGUCCUUUAAAGAGAUCUACAGAAAUGAAAAUUUGGAUUUCAAAAACUCCUUUUUUUUAAACUGCUAUUGCCAUAUUUUUAAUAUUAUUUCCUGAAAAAUAUAUUUCUCAUUGUUCGAAUACCAUACUUUGAUAUACCACUGGUAAUAAAAAGAGUUUUUAAUUGUGUCCACACAAAAAAUCACAAAAACAUGUGUAUUUGGCACGAAUUAACCCUAUUCAAUUCAUGUGGAACUGGCAGCACCGUAAGAUAUUGAAAUCAUAUUCUCAUAGUUUAAUGUAGGCAUACAAAGAAGGGUUAAUCAGUUAAUGAAUAGCAGUACGAUAUAUGUAUACAUAUAAACAUAUACAUAUAUACAUAUAUGUACAUAUGUAUGUAUAUAAUUAUAUAUAAUAUAUAUAAUUAAAGCUAUAUAUAUAUGUUAAAAAUUAUACAUAUAAACCAAUCAGUUAAGUUUGUUUUAGGCUUUAGUACAGUAUUAUGAAAUAUGUUUGUAAAUAUUUAUGUACACAGUAUAUAAAUAAUAUAAAAAUAGAAAAUAAAUUUCUUUAAUUUUAAUAUAGCAACAGACA